AUCGAAGAUCCACCAUGGCUGCUGUCUUAGAAUGGGUCCCUGAUUCUCUAUAUAAUACAGCGAUUUCCUCCAUAGUAACACACUAUAACAAGUAUAGAAAGGAACUAAGGACACUCACGGAUAAUGUGCAAUUCGAUAUAUUCUACAAACUUUACAAUAAGGGUCGGUUGUGCCAACUAGGAAUUGAGUUUAGUGAACUCGAUGUUUUUGCCAAAGUUCUCAAAAUAAAUGACAAAAGGCAUCUACUGCACCACUGCUUCCAAGCAUUAAUGGACCAUGGUGUGAAAGUUUCUGAGAUAUUGUCUGACGCAUACUGCCAGAGAUGCUGCAUGACUAACCAAACUGAUGCUGUAACUCGUGAUAAAGUUGUCCAACUUGGAUUCUCUCUUGGAGUAUUCCUGAGUGAUGCAGGGUGGUUUGUGGACAGUGAGAAAGUCUUUAUGUCCUGUCUGCAGUUAUGUAAACUAGUCAGUGGUAGCCAGUACUUGCCAAAAACACUGGAGUGUUGUGUGAGGCUGUUACACGUGUAUAACGCCAACUGUAAAUAUGAUGAAGCCCUAGAAAUCCAUAAGUUGGCUUUGGAAGUGGUCGACAAGAUGGAGAAUCACGGGUUCUCUGUUAACAAAGCUUUGUUGUAUUCAGAACAUUGCGCUUUACUGUUCGCUAGGAGCCAUUAUGUACAGGCAUUCAAUUCAUGUUGUAAUGCUCUCCGGGCUAUAAGAAACAAUAUACCUCCCCCAAAGGCCUUGGUGGAUAUUCUGAGACAAAGUGCAAAGGCCUCAGUGGUCAAGAGGGAGUUCAAGAAGGCUGAAAUGCUUAUUAAACAUGCAGUCCAUAUCUCCAAGGAACAUUUUGGACCUAAACAUAGCAAAUAUUCAGAUGCCCUGCUGGACUAUGGCUUCUACUUGCUGAAUGUUGACCACAUAUCACAGGCAGUUACUGUUCUUCAAGCUGCCCUUGAUAUUCGCCAGUGUGUGUUUGGAGGGAACAAUCUCCAUGUUGCCGUGGCGCAUGAAGAUCUCGCUUACGCCACCUAUGUUAAUGAAUAUAGCUCUGGAAAAUUCUCAGAUGCCAAAGACCAUGCAGAGAAAGCCAUAUGUAUCAUCACACACAUUCUUGUUCCUGAUCACCUUCUGUUGGCAUCUUCAAAGAGAGUUAAAGCUCUUAUCUUAGAAGAGAUUGCCAUUGACUCUCAAAACAAGGAGGUAGAAAAGCAAUUAUUACAAGAAGCGCACGAUUUGCACCAUGCAUCACUUUCACUGGCUAAAAAGGCAUUCGGUGAGAACAACGUUCAGACAGCAAAGCAUUAUGGGAAUUUGGGUCGAUUGUAUCAAUCGAUGCAUAAAUAUAAGGAGGCAGAGGAAAUGCACUUAAAAGCUAUCGCCAUCAAGGAAUCCCUUUUGGGACCAGAGGAUUAUGAAGUUGCGUUGUCAGUCGGCCAUCUUGCUUCUCUAUACAAUUAUGACAUGAAAAUCUAUGACAAGGCAGAAAAACUCUAUUUGCGGUCAAUUUCAAUAGGUCGUAAGCUGUUUGGUGCAGGAUACAGUGGGUUAGAAUAUGACUAUAGAGGGCUCUUGAGACUCUACCAUAGCCUGGGGGAUGCCCAAAAGGCCAUAGAAUACGGGACAAUCUUACACCAGUGGAAUCAAAUACGUGAUCAAAACAAUGACGAUGAUGCUCGUCCAUUAGACUAUGAUCCAACUGAAACAACUUUAGAAGUCAUUAAUAAGUUUCUGGAAGGCUUGGAGUCUUGAUAGUGCUGAAGGAGGGCAAAUCAUAUUUUUAGUGAAACCUCUGUUAUUUAGUGUGGUAUUCAAUUGUAUAAAGCUAUAUAUAUCUGUAUAUAUUAUUUAUUGUAUAAAAGAAGUACUAUGUUACUCAGAGAUGACCAUUUGCUAUCCAUUGUUAUUCUACAGCCUAUUACUAUGAUAUUCACAAAAUAUCAUGUCACAAAAAAAAUGGUAUUUUUUUAACCGUUGGAAAAAUAUCAUGUAUUUGGCAAAUUUUUAAAAAGCUGUACUCUCUUACCGAAUGAUUACUUGGAUGAUAUUAUAUCUAUUUAUGGAUAAGAAUCAUAUCACAUACCUGGUCAUAGGAUAUAUAUCAUAUCCCCUAUAAACAUCAUGUGUAUCAUGAGUUAGUCUUAAAA